GUGAAAAUUUGGAGUUAGACUCAGUCAAGCCGAGCCCGCUAUUUCCAUAUUUCCUCUCUUCUCCAACCCAAUUACAUUCGAUACCAUCUCUCACUCUCUUUUCUCCCUCUUUUCUAUCUGCUCUCUCUCCCGCAUUUCUAUCUGCGACCUAGCCGCCCCAUAGCCAGUCUCCACCGCCCUCACCUCCGGUGAAACCCAUAACACGAUCUCGUCUUCUUCCCUUCUUAGCUUCCCACACUCGUUUCUGUUCAUGUAAUCAUCGUCAAUAAUCUGAGCCUUAUUAACUUUCUGGUUUUCAGCUUUCAACCAAGUGGAAUGAUCAGUUGCGAAUCACGGAUUCAGACGAUCUCUGUAAUUCAAGCCGGUGAUAAUAUUCUUUUGAUUUCUGCUUUCGAUUCACUACACGAUCGCUGUAAUUUAAGCCGGCUUCGGGAUUUUACAACUUGGUUCUUGCAAGACUUGUAUACAAACCGUUAGUGCAAACAAACAUUUCUCUUAAUGGGUCAUCCACAUAAGGAAAGCAAUAAGAGAAGAGGCAAGAAACAAAGCCAACCAAUUUCAAAUCUGAAGCAACCUGGAUGCCAAAACCCUACACUUGGUCAGACUACUGAGGAAUCUAAGGUUUUGAGCAGUUUGAUGAAAAAAGAAGAGAGUGGGUUUUUAAACUCUACCAUAGUGGAAGAGGUUGCUGAUGCUGCAGCAUUGAUAGGGGAUAUGACAGAUACAACGACCCUUUUGAGUGACGAAGACGAUAAUUGGACAGAUACUUCUUUUGAUUUCUCAGAUACUGAUGCUUCGUGCUCAAACUCUGAUGUUUCCUAUAUAUCUCAUAGUAGGGAUAAACAGAGGAUAAUGUCAGCUAUAUCAAUGAAUUCUUCCUAUGAGAUAACACUCGCUGAGGUUCUGAAGACAUUGGAAGCAAUGCCUGAUUUAAGUGAACCCUCAUCCGAACUUUCCAAGAGUAGAGAAUAUCACAACUCAAACACAACGAUCGAACCUGUUAAAGCUUAUUUUGACAAAUGUGGGAUACAUACUUGGCCUGCUUUAUCUCCUAUUAAGCCCUCAUUUGAGUUUUCGAAGAGUAGACAACAACACAACUCAAACAUAGAAGUUGUUACGGAUGUUCUUAAAGAAAGUUACGUUUUACUUGGUGGGGCUUCUUACAUUGCGUCAUCAUCUAAUAGUGAUCUCGAGGAGGGUAAUAUGUCAUUCAAGAGGAGUUGGCGUGAAGUUGUUAUUGGCCUCGGAACUUUCUCUGAACAGACUCGGAUUCGGGACAUUAAAGGAAAGAGUCCGUUACAUGAUCAAGAUAGUUGGGUUAAGGUAGUAAAAAAAGGGUCACACACUCGGGACGUUAAAGGAAAGAGUGCAUUACAUGAUCCAGAUAGUUGGGUGGAGGUAGUAAAAAAAGGGUCCCACAAGCAAAAACUUGACUUUCUUUCAAAAGACACCACAAAAAAGCAACAUAAUAUUCCUGGGGACGAUUAUAAGAAGUACAGGCAUAACGCAAAUCAACAUUGGAAAAUCCAAAAGUCCCUCGUUGAGCAGGCUAGAAACGCACAUGCAAGUGGAAAAUGGGAUGAGGGGGUAAAUCUCUACGAAAAGGUAGGGUUCAAGUCCCAACAGCCACAAUGUGUGAAAGUUCGGAUUCUAAUAUGGAUUAAGCUCCUUGCAAGGAUGUGGAAGGAAAAAGCUGAGCAAGCUGAUGAAAGGGCUAGCCAGGAUAUUUUUGAUUCAAGGAACAAAAAUAAUAUUGUAGAUCUGAUGACAAUCGAUUUACAUGGACAACAUGUCAAAGAGGGAAUGAUGAGACUAAAAUAUCACCUUGCAUUUGGUGUAUAUGGUCGAUCUCUGCGGCGGCUCCGUGUCAUCACCGGAUAUGGGAGUGGAGGAACUGGGCAGUCGAUGCUGAAACAAGCGGUUGUUGAUCUCUUAAAAAUGGAGAAAUUUGAGUGGGAGAAUGAAAACGAAGGUAGUCUUCUAAUCAAAUUUGACAUGAAGAAGAGAAAGUUGGGGUUUGUGAAAUUGUAGUUAUUCUUAUUAAUCUUUUUUUUUCUUUCAUUUUUUUUUCUUUUGACAAUUUGUUGUACGAGAAUGAAACAAAUUUGGCAUGUGACUUCGAUUUCCCAAAAACCUUUCGAACAUCGGUUAAUUUACACCGUCAAAAAUGAUAGUUAAACGGUUAUUUUUAUGUUAAACUUGAUUUAAGAUAAAAUGUUUGGAAAAUAUAAUAAAUAAGUU